UCUCCUAUUGGUCGUUGCUGUCAUUUAUGAUGCUCAUUCCUUAUUACAUCGUAAUUACAUAAUUCUCGAUGGGACUCUGCUAUUGGGUAGGUAAUUAAUGAUUCCCUAACUGCAUCCAUUAAUUAGGCGACAUUGCUCAUUUACGAGUAAACUGUUAUGAGCCUUUCAUAUAUUCUUAGACCAACCAACAGACGUUUCUCAGGGGUCACGGUUCUAACCUAACCUAACCUAUCAACAGCGGGUCACGGUUUAAACCUAACCAACCUGUCUCUAAUGCCAUCGAAGUUCAAAUCAAACCUAACCUAAUUUUAUUAUUUUUAGAAUACUUCAAAUAUCUAGUUUUAUAAAUAUUCUCGUUCAUUACAAAGUUGAAUGUUGAAAUCUCUAUUUCACACAAUGGAAUUUUAAUGUGACUUUAAUGUAUGUAUAAUCUACUUGGUAAUUGAGCUUAUCAUAAUUGUUAGCCAAAUUCCAAUAACACGUAUUUAGAAGCAAAACAAGUUAUCAAUUAUCAAACAAGACUCUGUAUUGAAACAAGAUUUUUAAUGAUCAAGAGUUGUAUAUAUAAAGACCUACGACGAUUUCUUUUUUAUACUACUAUCGAUUGACCCACGCUGUACUCCUACACCAGAAGGCAUCAAUAUGUCGAACUCCCCAUCAAAUGUCUUCGACGGCCAAGACUAUACAUUUAAGCAGUACUAUUAUCCAGUGUCAGAUGCAGAGGACAGCCUAACUUGUGUACCAGACGAGCCGGUGAAGCGAAAAUUAAACACACACUCAAAUAUCGAUGCAUUCUUUGACCAGCCAAAGAUAAAGAGGAAGAAAAACGUGUCUUCCACUGUAGGAAAAGGCUGUAAAGGGGGUGGUAUAUCAUAUAUAUCUACAAACAAAGACGAUGGUACGAAUUCGACACAUCUAAUCAAAAUAGAAAUAUUUGAUAUGAAAAAACUAUCCAAAGUUUCUGAUACAACUAAACACUGGAUGUUUGCGGAUGUGCGUGCAAAAUAUUUCGUGAUGGAAAAUGAAACAAAUAAGCACUUACAGCAAGCUAAAGAUCUCAUUUACGGAAUCACGAAGGAGAUUUCCGAAUCCGACGAGUGUAAAAAGUACCAUUUUAAUUCAAAAGUCUAAUCACUGUUGUCUAAUUGUGAAUAAAAAUAUAUAGUUUAUA